AAAAUAGAAAUAAAACCUUCUAGACACUAGGGUUCUCACUCUAGAUAAGUACGUGAAUCUCUCCCACGAGCGUCCCCACCGCCAUCUCUCCGCUCUCAUCGUCUGUCUCGCUCGCUUUCCUGCGAAGAGAUCUAAUGGCACUGCCGAAUCAGCAAACGGUCGAAUAUCCGAGCUUUAAGCUCGUCAUCGUCGGCGAUGGAGGAACUGGUAAAACUACAUUUGUGAAGAGGCAUCUUACUGGCGAAUUCGAAAAGAAAUAUGAGCCCACUAUCGGUGUUGAAGUUCAUCCUUUGGAUUUCUUCACAAAUUGUGGAAAGAUCCGAUUUUAUUGCUGGGAUACAGCUGGUCAAGAGAAGUUUGGUGGUCUCAGGGAUGGAUACUAUAUCCAUGGUCAGUGUGCUAUUAUCAUGUUUGAUGUCACCGCCCGGUUAACAUACAAGAAUGUUCCAACAUGGCACCGGGAUCUAUGCAGGGUCUGCGAGAAUAUUCCAAUUGUAUUGUGUGGUAACAAGGUUGAUGUGAAGAACAGGCAGGUUAAAGCAAAGCAAGUUACAUUUCACAGGAAGAAGAACCUGCAGUAUUAUGAGAUUUCAGCAAAGAGCAAUUACAAUUUCGAGAAGCCUUUUCUCUAUCUUGCUAGAAAGCUCGCAGGGGAUCCGAAUCUCCACUUUGUUGAAUCACCUGCUCUUGCUCCUCCUGAGGUGCAGAUUGACCUGGCUGCUCAGCAACAGCAUGAGGCGGACCUCGCUGCAGCUGCUGCUCAGCCUCUUCCUGACGAUGAUGAUGAUGCUUUUGAUUAAAAUCAUAAUUUUCGUAAUAUAUUCAGUACAGUGAGGUUUCAUAAGUCUUUAUAGAGGGUUCUGUUGUGAGGGGGUUAUGCAUCCUUAAACUUGUAGCUCGUCUUUGAACCAUGUCGGUUUUUACCAGCCUAAAAGUAUGAAUUCUUGAUAUAUAUACUGUAUGACUAAUCUUGUGGUGUAUCUUUUGUUUAGUUUGGUGGAUGGUUAUACAUGUGCACAUGAAGGUGAAGAUUUUUUUGAA